GCGUCGAGUCGCGAUCUCGCUUCGCGUGUCUGGCUAAUCCGCCACUACUCUAGUACAGCGUGCGGCUCAGGGCGGUGCACAGCCAACACACGCUGGAUGCGCGCGCCGGGCCAGGGGGCGCUGAGGCGGGCGAUUUAAGGUUGCGGCCAUGCAUUAAUCUGCCUCGACGCGUUUCCCCUUGAUUGAACUCAUCAAAUCCUGCUCUCCUUUCCUCUGCCGGUCCUGCUCAAAUAUUCUCCAGCCGUGCCUCCUUCUCUUCUUCUCCUUCUUCCCUCCUCCUCCUCCUCUCUCUCUUUUUCUGCAUUCGCACUCAUCCAUGUCUGCGGCAAUCUCCCGUCGCCGCUCGGGCUUCGUUGGAAGACCCCAGUCCAUGAUCGUCGACUCCUCCGACUUUGACCUCGAGUCCUCCUUCUUCCGCGUUGCCGCCCACUCCCGCCAGAGCUCCUCGGCCACCUCCUCCGCCCUGUCCUCAAUCGACUCGGCCUCCUCCUCAAACAUCGCCUUCUACGACGACCAGGACCAAUCCCACUCUCUCGUCCCCCAGCAUGCCCAGCCAUCUCUCAAGCAGGCCCCGUCUCAGUCCCAGUCUUCCUCUCUCUCUUCCCCCUCGACCGUCCUGCCUACAAAGCAUGGCCUGAGCCCCGAGAAGGAUAGCAAGAAGAGCGUGUUCGGAAGAAUGCGUCUCUCGCUCGACCGCCGUCGCAAAAUGCCGUGGUCAAAUUCGAGCAAGAACAGCAGUACGGCGUCGAUCACACCUGCACCUCAACCUCCCAAACCGAAAACCCAGAGAAAGUCUUCUUCAACCUCAACCUCAAAUUCAUAUGCAUCUCCCACCUCGUCUCCGACUGCGGCACCGCACCAGGGUGUAUUACAGAAGCAACAAGAACAACUGCCGCAGGCGCAGAAUGAAAAAUUGCAACAACCACAGCAGCAGCAAGAAAAGGAGCAGCAACCACAACCGAAAGAACCAGAGUCCACGACUCCUGCACAGGCUGAACCCCAGCGGCAACAACUGCCAACGCGACAACUGAGCACUAGGCUCACAUUCGGCUCCAUCAGAUCAUCGCUAAACCCCAACUCUGGCGGCCAAAUCUCCCCCACAAUCAAACUUGUCACCGCAUCGCCGGUUACCGAGAACGGGUCGUCGUCCCCAUCCACUCCUGGCGAGUCUUCUCUUUACAUUUCCACAUCCCCGUCCUCCGUGUCCUCGGUCUCGCCUUCGCCAGUUAAGUCAUCUGCUAUGAGCAUCGAUCGGCCGGUUCCCGAGACGAUCAUGGAGGAUGAUCCCGUGACACCUACGCGAAUGCCAUCGACUACUCAGGUUCCCCGUUUACGAGCUGCGCCUCGUCCUCGUAAAGGCCCUGCUAGAGCUCGACCGAACACGAUCGUCGGGUUUUUCAGACAGAGCAAGGCUUUUUCUGCACCAAAGAUAUGCGACGUGUUUGGCAUGACUCUUACUGAGGCAACUAUGGCCACUCGUAUGAGUGUCGAGAACGAUGACCCGCGAUACUGGGUUCCUGCCAUUGUCUCGAUCUGCGUCGAGUUUCUAAACAAGUACGCGCUCGAGGAGGAAGGCCUUUACCGUAUCUCUGGAAGUGCCUCAGCCGUUGAGGAACUCAAGAAAGAGUUUGCAUUCUGCGGUGAAUCUACUGUUCUUCGUCAUGGUGUACACGACGUGCACACCGUUGCGUCGUUGCUCAAGUCGUACAUCAGACAACUCCCCGAAGAAAUUGUGGCUCCCUCACCGCAACUCAGUGCGAUACUGAUGAACAGAACGAGCAACAUUCCCUUCACAGAUCUACAGGACUACCUAGCAAAGCUGCCUCCUUACAACUACCACACUCUAUGCUUCCUCUGUGGGCAUUUUGGCAAGGUAGCCGGCAACUACAAGCAGAACCGGAUGCCGCUCUCCAACCUGGUCCUGAUCCUGUGCCCCACCAUGAGAAUGGACAGCAAAUUGUUCUCGUGGAUGGUCGAGUUCACUGAUCAGUGCAUUGGAGAUCCUAGUCGUCCACUGGUGCGCUACAGUGAGCAGAUCAGUCUGAUCGAGGAGACCAGCCGCCAGGGACUGGAGUAGGUCUAUCUCCCAUAUUUACGAAAACAGAAAAUUAAUACUGCCAGGAAGAGUAAAAUAAGUCCCUGGAAUGAUUGUUUAGCAGGAGUUUUUGUCGAAUUAAGUGUAUGACUGGCUUGGUCUGUCUCUUCUGCCCAUGCCUAAGAUAUACACAUGAAAACACGGUCAGGCAUCUAACGAUUUUCUUUUACAAUGUUUGGUUUUGCAAUUUGUUUUAUUCAUACACGCUCUUUUUUUGUUGAUUUCUUAAUUUCCGGUUUCUAUCAUAUAUCAUAUAACUUGGUUACAGCUUUGGCAUACAAUGUAUAUACCAUUAUCUACGUUCGGUAGCGCAAUAUCAAAAUAAC